AUGGCAUCAGAAGGUAUCACUGAAAUUGAUUCAGGUUUAAUUGAAUCAAACUACGAUAAUGUCGUUUAUAAAUUCGACGAUUUAAAUUUAAAACCAAAUAUCGUUAGAGGUAUUUUUGGUUACGGUUACGAAACUCCAUCAGCCAUUCAACAAAGAGCUAUCUUACCAAUUACUGAAGGUAGAGAUGUUUUAGCUCAAGCUCAAUCAGGUACCGGUAAAACCGCUACUUUCACCAUUUCAACUUUACAAAGAAUUGAUGAAAAUGAAAAAUCAACUCAAGCUUUAAUUUUAGCACCAACAAGAGAAUUAGCUUUACAAAUUAAAAAUGUUAUUACUUCAAUUGGUUUAUACUUAAAAGUAACUGUCCAUGCAUCAAUUGGUGGUACUUCAAUGAGUGAUGAUAUUGAAGCUUUUAAAUCAGGUGUCCAAAUUGUUGUUGGUACUCCAGGUAGAGUUUUCGAUAUGAUUGAAAGAAGAUAUUUCAGAACCGAUAAAGUUAAAAUGUUCAUUUUAGAUGAAGCCGAUGAAAUGUUAUCAUCAGGAUUUAAAGAACAAAUUUACAAUAUUUUCAGAUUAUUACCAGAAACUACUCAAGUUGUAUUAUUAUCAGCUACUAUGCCACAAGAUGUUUUGGAAGUCACCACCAAAUUCAUGAAUAACCCAGUUAGAAUCUUAGUUAAAAAAGAUGAAUUAACUUUAGAAGGUAUUAAACAAUUUUUCAUUAACGUUGAAUUAGAAGAAUAUAAAUUUGAUUGUUUAUGUGAUUUAUAUGAUUCAAUUUCAGUUACUCAAGCUGUUAUUUUCUGUAACACUAGACAAAAAGUUGAAUUUUUAACCAACAAAUUAAGAGAACAAAAUUUCACUGUUUCAGCUAUCCAUGCUGAUUUACCACAAUCAGAAAGAGACACUAUUAUGAAAGAAUUCAGAUCAGGAUCAUCAAGAAUUUUAAUUGCCACCGAUUUAUUAGCUAGAGGUAUUGAUGUUCAACAAGUUUCAUUAGUUAUUAACUACGAUUUACCAGCCAACAAAGAAAACUAUAUUCAUAGAAUUGGUAGAGGUGGUCGUUUCGGUAGAAAAGGUGUCGCCAUUAACUUUGUUACUGAUAAAGAUGUUAGCAUGAUGAGAGAAAUUGAAAAAUUCUACUCAACUCAAAUCACAGAAAUGCCUGCUGAUAUUGGUUCACUUUUCGCUUAG